AUGCUUUUUUUAGCCUUUGCCGAUACACGAUUGCAGUUCGAGAAUUUAGAGAAAUGUAAAAUACUUUUCAAAAGUACUCAGAAGUUUUUUCGCUACCAACAAAAAACGAACAACGAAAGCGAUGGUCCAGAUGAAUUCUUCUCGAUAUGGCUGACAUUUUGUUCAGACUUCAAAGACGUGUGGAAGAAGGAACAAGCUUUAAAAAUUAUUGAGCAAAAGAAAUUAAAGAGGCUUCAAGAGCUUCAGGAGGGGAAGAAGGCUCAAAUUACAACUAUAAAAACGAGACCAGGUGGACUGAAAGCCAAGCUGAAAAAAAUGAAUCUUCUUAGCAUAAAGGAAGAGAAAAAAUCGAACGUCGAAAGCUGAUCCACUUUGUCCUGAAACUCCACAAAAAAAAAUUCUUUGCCUUAUAAACUGAAUGGUACUUUUUUAUAGCUAAAGAUUUUAACUAACAUUUAACUCAAACACCAGAAGCAGCGAGUUGCAUGCUUUGAGCGUAUCAUUCAAAGAGAUUGACUAAAUGCUCCAUUUUUCUUACAAAAUAUCUCAAAUUUAUUUAUUGCUUGUUAUAAACAACGGCUGAAAGUUGUUUUCGAUUUAACAUUAUUAAUUCAAUAAUAUUUGAUAGAUUUCAUACAUUUAUUCUAUUUGCAAGCUGAAAGUCUAAGAACUGUAAUAUAAUCGUUACAGCAUGAUCAGAAAGCGUCUUUUUGUUCUGCGCACUUGAAGAUUACUUUAAGUGUUUCAUUAACUCAUGCCAUUUUCAAAUCUGAUUUUUUUUCCAGAAAAAAUAAAAUAAAAAAUAAGAAUUUAAUAUUUUCCCCCAUUUUUUUACUUUUUAAAAACAAUUCGAUGGUAUAAUAUAAUACAAAAAUAUUUCGUUUGGUUAACUGUUAUCACGAGAAAAGCGAAAAAAUAAAAACAAUAGCUUAUUCCUUAUUCUGUGGUUGAACUAUUUAUCUAUAAAAACAAUUAUUAUUUAGAAAAAUCUAAAAGAAAAAAAGUUCUUCCCAGUUUUUCUUAAUAAUUAAUGUUAGUUUAUUUUCGAAUACUUUUUUAAAAAAGUGAAAAGCUAAAUUUUAGAAAAUUUUUUUCAGCAGAAUGGACCUUGGUUUUGUUGUUGCUUUACUGCAGCCAGAUAAGAGUGUAAAAUGUAAUAUUUAAGUGCGCACAAUAAGAGACACAUUUAAAUUAUAUUAUUAUGAUAAUAUUAUAGUCUUAUAUUUACAGUUUGUAAGUUGCCUUUCUGUAAAUAAACAGAUCAAGAACAGAAUAAGAAAUGAGUUGUUUUGCUUUUUGUUUUCUCUUUUUCCUUAAAAACGCAAAAUUUUCAUUUAACGUAUUUUUCAUAUUUUUUUCGCUUUGAUGUAUUAAAUUAGGUCAAAAUAAGUGAAAAAUAUUUUAUCUAGCAUAUUAAUAAAGUAUGGUUUUGAAAUACAGCGUGAAACACUGGUGUAUAUUUCUGUAAAAUUAUCCAAAUUCAGCUCACUUCCAAAAAAUAAUUCUUCAAAUUUGAACUAAUUUAGAUCUAAAAGAAACAGUUCUUCAUCAUUGAAAUUUCACUCAUUGACAAAAUCGAUCAAAUUAAUAAAUUUUUGAAUAUUAAUGGAAAAAAAUGUUUUUCAAAUUACUUUUUGGGGGUUUUAUAUUUUAAAACUAAUAUAAUUCCAAUUAUCUCACACAUCUUUUUUAUUAGCUAUAGGACUAUUUUAUAUAGUUAAAAAAAAUACCAAAAUAUAUUUUUGCAUGUAAUUAGAAAGUCAGAAAAAAAAUAUUUAAAUGGGAAACUAGAGUCCCAUCUGCACCAAAGGAUUAAUAAUUCCUUACAAAUCCCGGAAUUUAAUGCCAUAAAGAUUGAAAUUUUAAGUAUUUCAGUUUUUGCAAAAACAAAAAAACGAACAAAAAUAUCUAGAAUAAAGUACGUACUGUUACAGUCAUUUAUUGGAGACAAAGGGAUAUCAAAUGACGUUAAUUUUGCAUUUCUUUAGCAUUAUGCUAUAAAAAAAUUUAUUUAUACUUGAUUACCCUAUAGUAUUAUGAGUCUAAAGUUUGUUAUUUAAUAAUAAGAGAACUUUACAACUUUUAUAGUGUUUGCAAAUAUAUCCAUUGAUUUAUGUUUUGUUUUUUACAUUAUUCAAAAAUUAUUGUUGUCAUCUUGAGCUUUUAAGCGUACGAUUUUAAAAUUUUAUUGUAUAGUUAAUAAAAAAUAUAUAUGAAAUAUUGUUUUAUUCUACUGUAAUUUUCCUGAAAUAAAAAUGUAUAUAUUUUUUU